AAGCACAACUUCAGCAUCCCACCUCCAUCUGCAAUGGCUGGAACUGCUGACUCCUAUCUCCAAGGCAACAUCAGGAUGAUCCUGGAGGACCCUGAGCUGUGGAAGUCCUUCCAUGAGAUCGGCACUGAGAUGAUCAUCACUAAACCUGGAAGGCGAAUGUUCCCGCAUUGUAAGAUCAACAUUUCUGGACUUGUGCCGUAUGCAAAGUACAUCUUGCUGGUGGACAUGGUGCCUGAAGAUGCCUUCAGAUACAAGUGGAACAAGGAUAAGUGGGAGGUGGCUGGAAAGGCGGAGCCUCAGCCCCCAUACAGGACGUACCUGCACCCGGACUCCCCCGCGCCGGGCAGCCACUGGAUGAAGCAGCCCGUCUCCUUCCUCAAACUCAAACUCACCAACAACGCCCUCGACCAGCACGGACAUAUCAUCUUGCACUCCAUGCAUCGCUACCAUCCACGCUUCCACAUCGUUCAGGCUGAUGACCUGUACAGCGUUCGCUGGAGCGUCUUCCAAACCUUCACCUUCCCAGAGACCUCCUUCACUGCCGUCACCGCGUACCAGAACACCAAGAUAACCAAGCUGAAGAUUGAUAACAACCCCUUCGCCAAGGGAUUCAGAGAUGAGGGCACAAACUCCAAGAGACGUGCUAACAGAAGUUCAGAUCCUGAGAGGCUGGCCAAGAGGCUCAACUCCAUGGUUAAAGAUGGAGAGCAAGACAGUCCACCAGGCAUGUGCCGCUCCUCCUACGAAGGUUUGGAAGAUGGCAGAGCAGCUCCUAAGGAGCUGGAGGAUGUGAAAGAGGAGCGCUACUCUCCAUGGGGAGGUGCAUCUGACCGGGACAGCCAAGGACUGGGCAGAGAAUCACCACUGGGCUCUGAUGCUCGAGACAUGUACAACACUGAACAGCUCGUGCCAGGACACAGCACGUACCAGCCUUACAGAGUUCACGAAUACGGCAAGUCCCCCUCUCCGUCCUCGUCCAGCCUGGGCAGCAGCAGCAGCAGCAGCAGCACUGGACGCUCCAGCUUCGAGUCCCGAGUGCCUGACGUGGCUACUGUCCCGGACCAUGACAGCAAGCCCUCAGCGCAUGAAUCAGGUCUUCCCCACUGCCCUCCUCACACGUCAGCCACGUCUCAGGACUACGCGGGCGUCCUCAACAUGGCCGUGGCUCAGGCCAAGCCAACCAUGCUGGGACACCCCCUGUAUGCCCCAUACGGCUCGGAGCAGGCCCUGGGCCAGUGGGCCAGCGGGACUGGGUCUGCUCAGUACCCCCCGCCACCACCACCUCCACCUCACCAUCACCCCCACCACCACCACCUGGCCACAGACUACAGCGCUCAGGCCGUUCAUCACGGCUAUCACCACGGCAACGUGGGUGACUGGAGCCAAUAUCCACUCUUCUCCUAUUCCUGCUGGUGAGGAUCAAGACAUGGACACAGAUGGAAAAAUAGACUCUCCCUCAGUCUGCCUUUCAGUUGCAAGCUCAGAAAUGAGGUGCCGUGGCCAUGUGGGACCAGAGAAGGCCGGAUAGUUUGGGUGACUUUGAAACUGGCCAUCAUCUGGAGCAGUUUAAGGAGACCAAAUUAAAGUUCUAGCUUUGAGUCAAUUGAUUUUAUUCUUGGAGUGGUGUUAGCAUGAUGGAGAAAUGGUCCAAAACAGAUGCCUGUUCGGUCUGUUAGCUUUGUCUUAUCAUCUUCAUGAGUAUUGCUGCUUACACAGAAGCCCUGAAAAAGACUUGACUUUCUUCUGAAAGGACUGAAAUAUGAUGCUUAUUUAUUUAAUGAAUGGUUUUGCUGUGUAACAUUAUUAUGGAAAUGCUUUAUUCUGAUGGCCCAUUGUAGAUGCUAU